GCAGAGCUUCUUUUUACAUGAGCAGUCCAACCCAUUGUCAAAGAUGCAUGGCAUGAAAUGCGAUCAAACACAUCCUAGGAUGCCAACCGAUAUGAUAAGUCUGCAAAGAGCUCACUUGCUGGUGUUCAUGCAUUCGGGUCUUGAAAAGAAUAUCAGUGCAACCUGCAGCAAACACAGGCCUUGCAGGAGAGAUUCCUGAGGCACUCAAUAUGUACAACUUGCCAAUAGAGUCUGUUGGGUUCUAAUUCAUCUGUUUCUUGACUGCAAGCCAUGAGCAAAUUGUAGAGAUUGUCAGAUCUGUCAAUCUACUAAUGCAAACCACAUGCAAGGCAACACACCCUCUUAUGCAGACGGGAGUGAGCACAGGUCUUCAAAGAAUACAGGCAGCAACAAGUCAAGCAAGUGGACCAAAACUCAUCUGCAGCAUUUGCUGCCUCAGAAGCCUCUCAGCUUCUCCGGGCAUCCCUGCCCCCAAAACCGCAUGGCAACACGCACACAUCUACUUUUUCCCUAGUGGACAUCACCAAGACUAGCUAGCCGUGGUAAUCUCUUAUACUCCCCUCGAUCAAAAUAUUUGGCAGCUGCAGAAAGCGCAGGCAGCCCUCCUCUCGACACUGUUUCAUUACUAUACAAAGGGCCGCAAUUCCAGGUAAGCAGCAGCUCGCAGUCUUGAUUACUAAUUCCCUCCUCUACACUUGUCAGAUCUGCCUUCCUCCUUGCCGUUCAUUGCUGCUAUGAUAUAUGAUAAGCAAAGACACUGCUUACGCGAGCGGUCGCUUGCGUC